AUGUACGAAUUCCAUCCGCAUAAUGACUCGCACCAAGCCUACCUGAGCUCGCUCGGGUAUGGUAGCGAGGGGCGAUACCCAUCACCCGAGAUACCGAUCUCGCCACAGGCUCUGCAGCAGCAGAUAGACGAGCAUGCAAGCGUGAUUCUCGAGGCGUUCGAGAAGCUCAGAUCAUACGACAACUGCAAGGAGAUCGGAAGAUUCUGGGAGUUCGCCUCAAAAGGCGUCCAACGGGGGGAGAUUCUGAGCAGCAGCUGUGGCGGGGGCCUUCCAGUCCACCACCGACCAGAUCUGCGCGCGCUGCUUCGAGUGUUGGGGGGCUAUACUCCCGAAGGUGUGAAACUGGACGAUGCCGCUUAUGCCGAGUUGCAAGCUCGGCUUAGCUCUUUCACGGCACAAUUUAUCAACUCACAAGACCUAGCAGGCGUGCCCGCCUGCAUGCCGCUUCUGUUUCGGUCGCGCCUCGCCCACCACCCGGCUGACUUCUGGCGGCGUGACUUAGACUCCGCGUACCUUGGUUGCCAUUUGCGCCUGGUUCAAGGACUCUUUCUGGCCCGGCACGUCGUGGUUUCCCGCGCCUCGCCGUCAGACCGAUACGCAGAGCUGUUGUUGCUUACGAGUGAUGCGAUGGAUGUCAACUUCGCGCUGUUACUCCGACACCAAGCCACCACACCUAGCUAA